ACUGGGGUCUGGCGGCCUUUCAAGCUGAUGACUACUACUUUUGGGUGGCGUUAGUAGCACCUACAAUCGGUAUGGUGAUUGGGGCCAUUUUGUACGAAGUACUCAUUGGUGUACAUACAGAGAACGUGGAAACCGUUUCUCUAGAUGAUGAUGACUCGCAAGCAGACUACGCAGUUGACUCACCAAUCGUAAAAGUACUCUGA